CUCACUCAAGAAUUACACAGUGACCAGAAUGAUGACAGCUUCCAGCAGUGUUCCAGUGUUGCUGAUUCUCUUCUGUUUCGGAGUCUCCCUGGGUGAUGAGCAGCUACCUUGCCUUCCUAGGCAAUACGGUGGCACCUCCUUCGUGUGUGUGUGCAACGCCACCUACUGUGACACCCUUCCCACUCCUCAAGUUCCUCCAGAAGGCCAGUUCCUUGUCUACACCUCCGACUUGAGUGGCAGUAGGUUCAACAAGAGCCAGGGUGCCUUCAGCGCCUUCAGGAGUGGAGCGUCGAGGGAGGCGGUGGAGGUGGUGCUUGACACGAGGGUGAGGUACCAGACCAUCCUAGGCUGGGGAGGAGCGUUUACUGACGCAGCCGCUGCGAACAUCCUCAGUCUGUCUCAGCCAGCGCAGGACAACCUCCUCAGGUCGUACUUCUCGUCCUCUGGGCUGGAGUACAAUAUAGGUCGAGUUAACAUGGGUGGUUGUGACUUCUCGUGGCGACCUUAUACUUACGACGAUGUUGAGGGAGACGUCGACCUACAGAGUUUUGCCCUUCAACCUGAAGACCUUCAGUACAAGAUUCCCGUGAUCAAGAGCGCGGCAGCAAUGGCCGCCCGGCCACUGAUACUGUUCGCCUCACCCUGGACAGCACCUCCCUGGAUGAAGACCAACAAUGAUUACAUUGGUUAUGGUCAACUCCUGCCAGAGAUGUAUCAACCCUGGGCUGACUACUUCGUUAAGUUCCUGGAUAGCUACGCACUGGAGAACAUUACGUUCUGGGGCGUAACGGCACAGAACGAGCCUUCGGACGGCUACAUUCCAUUCUUCAGCUUCAACUGCAUGGGUUGGACACCAGCUCAGCAGACAGCGUGGGUUGGGGAACACCUGGGACCCACGCUGCGCGCCCAUGGCUACCACGACCUCAAACUCAUGAUUCUGGAUGACCAGCGGAUCGAACUGCCGCUGUGGGCGGAGGAGGUCUUGACAGACAGCAUCGCUGGUCAGUAUGUGGAUGGUAUUGCCGUCCACUGGUACUGGGACGCGAUGUCCUCCGCUCAUCGUCUCAACACAACUCAUCAUCUCUUCCCCGAUGUCUUCAUACUUGCCACCGAAGCUUGCGAAGGUUUAACUGGUUCAGCCAUGGCGCUGGGGUCCUGGGAGAGACUGGAACACUAUGCUCAUGACAUCAUUGAUGACAUGAACAACUGGGUGACUGGUUGGGUGGACUGGAACCUGGCCCUGGACAUGGAAGGUGGCCCUAACUGGGCCAACAACUUCGUUGAUGCCGUUGUUAUAGUUAACAAGGAGACGGAUGAGUUCUACAAGAACCCGAUGUUCUACGCUCUGGGUCACUUUUCCAAGUUCGUGCAGGCUGGUGCUGAGAGGCUGGAUGUGACCAGUAGUGACCUCCAGGUCAUCCAGGUCACUGCUUUCGUUAACCCCGACCAAACCUUCGUCGUGGUCCUCUUGAACAGAUCUGAGGAGGAGGUGGAGGUGACGGUAAAUGUAGAAGAGAGAGGCACAAUGUUUCUCAACAUGCCUCCUCGCUCCCUCCUCACUGCUCUCUUCCUCUGAGGAGAAGGAAGAAGAAGAGGAGGAAGAGGAGGAGGAGUAAGAAGAGGAUAUAUUUUUGAGAGAAUUAUAGAGGAAACAAGACAGACAAAGACACAAGUAGUUGACAUUAAGACUUCUAGUUUUUACAAGACUUUGUUGUUCAGUAGAUCUUAAGUCAGUGUUGUAGGCUAGAUGUGUUGCUAGGAGAGGCCAGGAGGUUACGUCUGCUGCUAAGAGGAGGCUAGGAGGCUAGAGGCGUUUCUAGGAGGCUAGGAGUCUAGGAUCAGUUGCUAGGAGGAGACUAGGAGAUUAGAUGUGCUGCUAGGAGGAGGUUAGAAGGCUAGAUGUGUUGCUAGGAGGAAACUAGGAGGCUAGAUGUGUUGCUAUGUGGAGGCUAGGAAGCUAGAUGUGUUGCUAUGUGGAGGCUAGUAGGUCUUCCUGGUCCCUUGACAAGUCUUUCCCCCCCCCCCUGGUGUCCUCAGGUUUCCCAGGUCCCCUGAUAAGUCCCACUAGUGUUCCAGGUCUUCCUUGUUCCCUGGAAAGUCCUGCAGAUCAUCCACUCCAGCACAGAGCUGCCACAACACCAUCCACUCAUUCACCCUGCACCAAAGGGAAGGUAUAGAAUAACAUGAAGCACCAGUGUCUUCUUCCUUCUCCGAGCUCCCCUCCUGCUACUACUGUUCCUGCUGCCACUCCUGCUGCGCCAGCAUCAUCUGUAAGCACCAGCACAGGUGGAGGACUCCUGUUCCUCCUCCUACGCCUUCUGAGGAGACGACUCCUGUGAAGACAAUAGCAGACCAAGGGAAAAUUCUCCUCCCUCUACAGAGACACAACGUUAAAACAAAAAGAGAUAUAAUCUCAUCCUCUUUCUCCUUCUCCAGCUCCUCCUCGUCCUUCUCCAGCUCCUCCUCGUCCUUCUCCAGCUCCUCCUCGUCCUUCUCCAGCUCCUCCUCGUCCUUCUCCAGCUCCUCCUCGUCCUUCUCCAGCUCCUCCUCGUCCUUCUCCAGCUCCUCCUCGUCCUUCUCCAGCUCCUCCUCGUCCUUCUCCAGCUCCUCCUCCUCCUCCCGUAGGAGCAACACUUAAACAACCAACACACCAGCAGUAAGAGGCUUUGGAUAACUUUUUGCCUAGUGUUCUCCUGCCUCCGUCUGCUCCUCUCACAGGAAUUGUAUUCACAUCCCACUUGUGCACUUCGCUUCCCUUAGAUGCCUAGAUUCAAGGACUCUAGACCUCUAGACUCAAAGAAUUAGGGUUACUCUUCUCUAGAACUGAUCCUAUUGAGUCCCAGUCCCUAAGACUACCAGUUUCCAUGAAUAAUAAUAAUAAUAAUAAUAAUUAAAAAUAAUUAUAUAAUUACAUAAUAAUUAUAUGCUAGUACUACUACUACUACUAAUUAUUAUUAUAAUAAUCAUGAUAAAAGUAAUAAUAGUAAGAAUAAAUUCUUUAUUAACACAUCGGCCGUCUCCCACCCAGGCAAGUGACCCGAAAAAGAAGAAAAACUUUCACCAUCAUUCACUCCAUCACUGUCUUGCCAGAAGGGUGCUUUACACUACAGUUUUUAAACUGCAACAUUAACACCCCUCCUUCAGAGUGCAGGCACUGUACUUCCCAUCUCCAGGACUCAAGUCCGGCCUGCCGGUUUCCCUGAAUCCCUUCAUAAAUGUUAACUUGCUCACACUCCAACGGCACGUCAAGUCAUUAAAACCAUUUGCCUCCACUCCCUCCUAUCUAACACGCUCACGCAUGCUUGCUGGAAGUCCACACACACACACAAAACCUCAUUUAUCCCCUCCAACUUUUCCUAGGCCGACCCCUACCUCUCCUUCCCUCCACUACAGAUUUAUACACUCUCGAAGUCAUUCUAUUUUGUUCCAUUCUCUCUACAUGUCCAAACCACUUCAACAAGCCUUCCUCAGCCCUCUAGACAACAGUUUUGGUAAUCCCGCACCUCCUCCUAACUUCCAAACUACGAAUUCUCUGCAUUAUAUUCACACCACACAUUGCUCUCAGACAUGACAUUUCCACUGCCUCCAGCCUUCUCCUUGUUACAACAUUCAUCACCCAUGCUUCACACCCAUAUAAGAGCGUUGGUAAAACUAUACUCUCAUACAUAAUAUUACCACCACUUCUACUACUACUACUACUAAUAAUAAUAGUAAUAAUAAUAGCAAAAAUAAAUACCAAUAAAAAUGCAUUACUUUGAACUUAUUGCUGAAUUUCAAAUAAAAAUGACGUGUUUUA